GGGCCAGGCUGGACAAGGGGGCAGCCCAGGUGCGGCUGUGAAGAUGUGAAGGAGGUGGUGUAGGGUGGGAUGUUUCUGUAGCAUCAGGAGUCCCGGCGUGUCACCACCCUAAAAAAGAGGGGAUCGGUGCGGGGAGACGUGCCGGAGGGCUCGGGGAUUGAGGGAGAUGUGGUGACCUCAGGAAGGUCUCCUAAAAGCCUGCAGGAGUAGGUUUGUGCAGCGGGAGGGAGGAUGAAGGAAAACUGCCGGAUUUGCGGCCGGGAGCUGUGCGGCAACCAGCGGCGAUGGAUCUUUCACACGGCGGCCAAGCUGAACCUCCAGGUGCUGCUCUCCCACGUCCUGGGCAGGGAGCUGUGCCGGGACGGCAGGUCCGAGUUCGCUUGCAGCAAGUGUGCCUUCAUGCUGGACCGCAUCUACAGGUUCGACACCGUCAUCGCCCGCAUCGAAGCCCUCUCCAUCGAGCGCCUGCAGAAGCUGCUGCUAGAGAAGGACCGUCUCAAGUUCUGCAUCGCAAGCAUGUACCGCAGGAACAACGAUGACUCCAGCACAGAGGACAGGGCUGGGGAGGGGACCGUGGACCUUUCCAACCUGCCUGAUGCGCGGUACGCUGCCCUCCUCCAGGAGGACUUCGCUUACUCGGGGUUUGAAUAUUGGAUGGAUCAAGAAGAGCACGGCCUGGAGCCGCACAGCUGCCACGGCUCCGAGGGAGCAGGGAGCCGCCCGCGGCGCUGCCGGGGCUGCGCUGCCCUGCGCGUGGCCGACGCCGACUACGAGGCCAUCUGCAAGGUGCCCCGAAAGGUGGCCAGGAGCAUCUCCUGCGGGCUGUCCAGCCGCUGGUCGGCCAGCAUGGGCAACGAGGAGUCGUCUGUGUGUGAUGUGGCCGAGUCCACCAGCUCCAGGGUGGCUGUGGAUGGGGACAGCAUGGAGGAAGGCACCCCUGCAUCCUCUGUCGAGUCUCUGGACACCACCGUGGAGGCCAGCCCCCCGCAGCAGAAGGAUGAAGAUGCUGAUAAGGGGGUGAAAGGGAAUGGGAAAUGUGACGAUUUCUCAGAUGAUCGUAUGACCCCAAGCUCUUCGCUGAGCGGGAACAGGCUGGAGCUGGCCCUCAAUUUGAUCAAGACUUUGGACUACAAACCCUUGCAGAGCCCCCGGGGCAGCCGACUGCCUAUUCCUGUGAAGUCCAGCUUGCCCCCUCCCAAGCUCAGCCGUGACUUGGGGGAUGGCAGUGCUUCUGCUGGCUUAGCAUGUGCUAGUUCUGCCUUCCUGAACACAGAGAGAAAAUCGUUUUCCAGGGCUCCUUUGGGCCUUCCCCUGGAAAUUUCUGAACUGCAGGAGCUGUGGGAUGACCUCUGUGAGGAUUAUAUGCCGCUGCGGGUACAGAAUUUGGAGGAUGAACGUCAGCAGCCAGCUCCAGGUGCAGCAGGGGAGCACGUGUCCGAUGUGCGUGCAGCAGAGCUGCAGGGCAAAAUCCAGCACUUUGAAGCUGCCAACAAGUUGUUACAGGAAAAGCUGAAUGACUUGAAUUUCGAAUUAAAAUCUGUUCAAGAAACAUCACAAAGGCAAGAUCGUACAAUCCAGAGUCUGAACGAGGCCCUGAAGAGCAAAGAGAGUAAGACAGAGGAGCUGUACCACAUCAUCGAAGGGCAGAACGAGACCAUGGCCAAGCUGCGGGACAUGUUACACAGAAACCAUCUGGGACAGCUGCAGGUGUCAGAGAGCCCACUGUCACCCCAGGAGCAGCAGAUGUCACCGCUCGAUCUUCAGAACGCACUUUUCUGCAGCAAACUGGAGGUGCAGAAGCUGAGGAGAGCUCAGCGCCAGAAGGAGCAUCAGCUGGCUGAAGCCAAGAGAGCAACUCAGCUCCUGGAGACCACAGUCCACGAGGAAGAGCAGCAGAAAGAGGCAACCUGGAAACACAAUCAGGAGCUGCGUGCUGUGGUACAACAGCUGCAGGCAGAGCUGCAGGACAAGGCUCAGCAGCUCCAGACUUUGGAGUGGGAGAGAAGCCGUGAGCUGCAGGCCCAGGAGCAGAGAGUUCAGCGUUUGACUCAGCAGCUGGCUCGCAAGGAGCAGCUUCUGCAGGAGUCCAGGGAGCUUCUGCAAUGCCAGCAAAGCUUGGAGAAGAGCCCUGCAGCCAUGAAUGCCAUGUUGGAGAAGCUGCAGCAGCGUGUCAGCGACAGGGAUGCUGCUCUGGAGCGAGCAGUAGAUGAGAAGUUCUGUGCCCUGGAGAAGAAGGAGCAAGAGCUGCAGCGGCUCCGGCUGUCCGUGCGGGAGCGCGGCAGCGACCUGGAGAGGCUGCGCACCGUCCUCUCCAGCAACGAGGCCACCAUCCACAGCCUGGAGAGCCUCCUGAAAGCCAAAACCCUGGAACUGGAGCAGGUCUCAGCAACCUGCCAAAACCUCCGCUGGCUCAAAGAGGAGAUUGAGGCCAAAUCUGGCAGCAGGCAGAAGGAGCAGGAGGGGAUCAUCCAACAGCUGCAGACCUGCCUGCAUGACAGGAACAAGGAAGUGGAGGAGCUUACAGCAACUCUGCUGUGCAAGCUGGGCCCCGGGCAGAGUGAGGUAGCAGAGGAGCUGUGCCUGCGUCUCCAGCACAAGGAGAAGAUGCUGCAGGAUCUCCUCAAUGACCGGAACCGCCAAACCAUGGAGCACGAUGCUGAAAUUCGGGAGCUGCUGCAGGCUCUGAGCACCAAGGAGCAGCAGAGCAGAGUGGCUGCAGAGAAGAUGGCACAGGCUUUGGCUGAAAGGAGCUGUGAGCUACAGCUGCUGCGCCAGCACGUGUUGGGGAAGGACCCUGUUGGGACCCAGUCAGCUGGUGCCAGGCCAUUGAAGCAGGACAAACAACCCAGACAAGAGAUACUGCAAAGAGCUUGUGGAGCUACAGUCAUUGCUGGAUCCCCACAGGAGGACAGCAGCUGCAGGACAGAGGGAGUUACAAUGUCAGCAGCAGAACUGGAGAAGGAUCUUGUCAAUGCCAAAGAGGAGCUGGAGCUAAUGGCAAGGAAGGAAAGGGAAAGCAGGCGGGAGCUCACUGCUCUCCAGUCUGUCGUGGCCACACAGGAGGAGGAGCUGCAGGUGCAGGCCUCGGAUAUCGAGUCCUUGACCAGAACCAUCCAGAUGAAAGAGGACCUCAUCAAGGAUCUGCAGAUGCAGCUGGUGGAUCCUGAAGAAAUUCCAGCCAUGGAAAGGCUGACACAAGAGGUGCUGAUGCUUCGGGAGAAAGUGGCCAUAGCAGAGUCCCAGGGACAGGAGGCUACUGGAAACAGAAGGCAGCAGCAGUUGUUACUGAUGCUGGAAGGGCUGGUGGCUGAGAGGAAUCGGUUAAAUGAGGCUCUCCAGGCAGAGAGGCAGCUCUAUGGCAGCCUGGUGAAGUUUCACACCCACCCAGACACCUCUGCGAGAGACCACGCCCUGCAGGUGGAGCUGGAAGGGGUCCACGAGCUGCGGGGACAGCUGGAAGAAGCUCUUGGAAGAAGCUUGGAGUGUUUGAGCAGGCUGGAGACGCAGGGCGCCAUAGGAGGUGGGGAACAGGGGCGUGUGAGAGUCCUACCCCAGCAUGCCUUCUGAGCACUGGCGCUCGCCCGCCCGCCACGGAAACGGUUCACUAACCCGUCUCACUGACUCUGAGCUUUGGUACUGAGUGAUGGUACGAUAGAACCAUGGUGCAGGGCUUUUUUUUUUAUUACUAUUAUUAUUAUUUGUUUCAUUUUUGAGCUGCUUUGGAAACGGCGAUCAGUGCAAUCCACCUGUGUCUCGUGUACGUUCCUGUCUGACCCACCCUGGUGGCCACUGAUGUAUUUGCACAUUCAAAUCAUUCCAUUUUAGUUAUUCCCCUCUAUCUCCCUUCUCUUCCCACCACCAUGGGCCAAAUAAAGAUUCCCUAUCUCUGAAGGAAACACCAGAUGUUUUCUAUCCUCUCCCAA